AUGGCCGCCGAAAUUGACAAUAAGCCUGCGGUCGACGAAACAUUAGACGAUGUCGUGCCGACGACGGAACCCGGGCAUGGUCCUGCGCAUGGUAAGUUGCAACCGCCACCGCUUGUCGCGGCGAUGUCGCAGGAGUAUCGCGCCGAGGCAGAAGCCAAGCUGCGGAGAAAGAUCGACACGAGGCUGCUGCCGAUGAUUAUUCUCAUGUACAUCAUGAAUUAUCUGGAUCGCAACAACAUUGCGGCUGUGCGAUUAGCAGGCUUGCAAGAUGAGCUCAAUUUAUCGAGUACGCAGUAUCAGACAACCGUCUCGAUUCUGUUUGUUGGGUACAUCCUCAUGCAGGUACCUAGUAACCUACUUCUGAAUAAGACUGGAAAACCAGCGCUUUUUCUUCCUAUCUGCAUGAUCAUCUGGGGAAUCAUCUCGGGUGCGACGGGCGCUUGCCAGAACUUUGCAGGCCUCGUGGCGUGUCGAUUUUCCCUCGGUUUCAUCGAAGCCGUAUACUUUCCGGGUUGUCUAUUCUACCUCUCGUCAUGGUACACCCGAAAAGAACUCGGCUUCAGGACUGCGGUGUUGUACUCUGGCUCUCUCAUCUCUGGCGCUUUUGGUGGACUCGUCACCGCCGGCAUUACGAGCAACAUGGACAACACAAAAGGACUCCGCGCCUGGCGCUGGGUCUUUAUAAUUGAAGGCGCGAUUACCGUCGUCAUCGCCUUCGGAGCCUUUUUUGUGUUGCCAAACAUGCCUCGGACCACGGCGUGGUUGACCGAGGAAGAACGCCAGUUAGCAUCUUUUCGUCUAGUAGAGGACGUCGGUGAAGAAGACUGGACAUCUUCAGAAUCACAGACUCUGUUUCAUGGGUUCAAGCUCGCGAUGGCUGACAUCAAGACUUGGAUUCUUACGGUUCUCCUCCUGGCAAUCGUCUCGUCGGCGUCUGUCACAAACUUCUUCCCCACAAUCGUGAAGACGUUGGGAUACGACAAUGUGAAGACUUUGCUGCUCACUGCACCGCCCUACGUUCUCGCGGUGAUUACAACGUACCUCAACGCAUGGCACGCCGACCGAACCGGCGAACGAUUCUUCCACAUCGUACUCCCUCUUUGCGUCGGAGUCGUGGCAUUCAUUCUCUGCGCCGCCACGCACUCGACCGCACCACGCUACGUGGCUAUGAUGUUGAUGGUACCCGGCGUGUACACCGGCUACGUCGUCGCGCUCGCCUGGAUCUCGAACUCCCUACCUCGUCCGGCAUCGAAGCGCGCAGCUGCUCUCGCUUUCAUCAACGCUAUCUCCAACGUUAGUUCCAUCUACGCGAGCUACAUGUAUCCGCAGCCGAAAGGCGGGCAGCAGCCGAAUUUGACGGUGCCGCUGAGCGUCGAUUGUGCGACGGCGGCACUGGCAAUCAUUAUGGCAGCUGUAAUGAGGCUGAAUUUGGGGAGGCUGAAUAAAAAGUUGGAUAGGGGGGAGCAUGUGGAAGGAGCAAUCAAUGCCGUGCCAGGGGUAGCGCAGGAGAACGGGUUUAGAUUCUUAGUGUGA